CAUAUCCGUCCUCUCUCUCUGUUUGUGCCUCUUUCUCUUCAUACUGCCACCGCCAUCACACAGCCGAGCUAGUGAUGAUCCUGUUCGAAGCGACCAUGGCUGCCAGAACUCAUUCGAGAGCAUGGCCCAUGGGUUUCAUGUAACACAGACACUUUUACAGUGUCCAAAUCUAAUUGAAAGCUCUAUGACGUGCAUAAGCAUUCUAAGCACUCCAUUGGGCUUCGGCUUCCUACCGUGAGAGAACAUGAACCACAUGGCAUUCAGUCUAUGAAGUGUUUGAAAGGAUGGCCUACUAUGGCAUUUCUUCAAACCUUGUCCUCUACCUGACGAAGAAGCUCCAUCAAGGGACAGUCACGUCGGCCAAUAAUGUCACUAACUGGGUGGGGACUAUUUGGAUGACUCCUAUCCUCGGUGCGUACGUCGCCGACGCCCAUCUCGGCCGGUACUGGACUUUCGUGUUUGCUGGCGCUAUUUAUCUCAUGGGGAUGUCAGUACUCACUCUAUCAGUAUCAUUACCAGCGCUGAAACCUCCGCCAUGCUCGGAUCCGAACCUUGACAACUGCAAGAAGGCCUCGACCCUACAGCUAGCCAUAUUCUACGGAGCCCUGUACAUCCUCGCCAUUGGAACCGGUGGAACCAAGCCUAACAUCUCUACCAUUGGAGCUGACCAGUUUGAUGACUUCGACCCCAAGGAAAAGUCUCAUAAGAUCUCCUUCUUCAAUUGGUGGAUGUUCAGCAUCUUCUUCGGGACCCUGUUCGCAAACACGGUCCUCGUCUACAUUCAGGACAAUGUGGGUUGGGCCCUCGGAUAUGGUCUCCCAACUCUUGGGCUUGCGAUCUCCAUCUCAAUAUUCUUGGCGGGAACGCCAUUUUACAGGCAUCGGUUGCCCACAGGCAGCCCAUUCACAAGGAUGGCUCGGGUCAUUGUGGCGGCUAUAUGGAAGUGGAGAGUGCCUGUCCCUAGUGACCCCAAGGAGCUCUAUGAGCUCGAUCUUAACGAGUACGCAGGGAAGGGGAAGUAUAGGAUUGAUGCCACACCCACAUUAAGGUUUUUGAGCAAAGCAAGCGUGAAGACUAAUUCAAUCUCACCAUGGAAGCUGUGCUCGGUGACCCAAGUGGAGGAGACCAAGCAGAUGCUGCGGAUGAUCCCGAUCCUCGUGGCAACAUUUAUCCCGAGUUGCAUGAUUGCUCAAGUCAAUACUCUAUUUGUGAAGCAGGGCACCACCCUUGACCGGCAGAUGGGUGGUAACUUCAAGAUCCCUCCUGCUAGUCUGGCGGGCUUUGUAACCCUGUCCAUGCUUGUCUGCGUGGUCCUCUAUGAUCGUUUUUUUGUCCCGAUCGCCCAACGGUUAACCAAGAACCCUCGAGGCAUCACCUUGCUUCAGAGGAUGGGGAUUGGGAUCGUCAUCCACAUCAUCAUAAUGACCAUCGCUUCCUUCACAGAGCGAUGGAGGUUGCAGGUAGCCCGGGAGCAUGGCAUCACCGAAGGUGGGCAGCAGGUGCCGAUGACUAUAUUUGUCCUCCUCCCCCAGUUCAUUCUCAUGGGAGCUGCUGAUGCGUUCCUCGAGGUUGCGAAGCUCGAGUUCUUCUACGACCAGGCACCAGAGAACAUGAAGAGCCUCGGGACUUCUUAUUCCACAACCACCCUUGGGCUCGGGAACUUCAUCAGCAGCUUCCUCCUGUCCACGGUCUCUCGCUUGACCAAGAGGGAUGGACACAAAGGAUGGAUCCUCAACAACCUCAACACUUCCCACCUCGAUUACUACUAUGCAUUUUUCGCAGUGCUCAAUGCAUUGAACUUAAUUUUCUUUCUUGUUGUCACGAGGUUCUAUGAAUACCGGGCAGAAGUAUCAGAUUCAAUGACUGUGCUUAAGGAAGAGUUACGAGGAGACACAAGAGAUGGAAUAUUGAGUUAAGGAGGACAGAUGACAUAGUCUCGUGAAUGGUUUGCUUAGUAUAUUAGCUGAAGGGCAAUGGGACAUACUUCCUUCGCAUGUAUGUGUAAUUUAUUCUCUCAAGUUUGAUACUGCGAAUAGCAAAUCAAUGUUCGGGUUCACAAGAUC